GCCAACCCGGGCCAUUUUCUCGGGGUUUCGAUCCAGAGGACAGGGAGCGGCAGCUUCCAUGACGAUGGCUGAAGAGGACACACUGCUGUCCGCAGACCCUGAAUGCUCCCGAGCACGCCUGGCUGAGACCCCUACUGUGAAAGAGCUGGAGGAGCUCUUGAACACGGGGAGACCCUCCUGCAACCACGUCGAUGAAGUUUGGCCUAAUCUCUUCCUAGGAGACCUCGUUACAGCCCACAACAGAUUUGGUUUAUGGAAGAUGGACAUUAGCCACGUUUUAAAUGCGGCCCAUGGCAUGAUAUUUUGCAAAGGAUCCCACGGCUUCUAUGGCCCCACCAUUGAAUAUUAUGGAGUACCAGCCUACGACCUUCCCAGUUUUGACCUGAGUCCAUAUUUCUACCCCGCAGCAGAAUUUAUACACAAAGCCUUGAGCAUCCCAGGAGCCAAAAUCUUAGUGCACUGUGCAGUUGGGAUAAGCCGUUCGUCUUCCUUGGUGUUGGCAUACCUCAUGAUCUACCACCACCUCCCUUUGAUUGAAGCGAUCGAGGCGGUGAAAAAGCACCGGUGGAUCUUCCCCAAUCGAGGCUUCCAGAAACAACUGAGAAAUCUGGAUAUGCAGCUAAGACAACGCUAAAGAAAGCAACAAUACCCCUGCCUCCUUAUCCAGAUCAGGAUCAGAGACUAUUUUUAAGCUAUAUACUCAUUGACAUUAAAACUUACGCUCUUCAUUAUUAUUAUUUUUGCCGCUUAAAUAAUAUUAACUGUUUCAUGCAGGUGGCUUCAAGAUCUGAAAACAAGUGAACCCCAUGUAUAUGCACAAAGACUCAGCGUGCAAAUAAUGUCUUUAGGACAUUAUACAAUUGUCAAUUUUGGGAUUUUUUUUUGUUCCCACAGCAUGGGAGAACACAAGCAUUG